AAAAUAAGACAAAUAUAUACCAAACUCUAUGUUAAAUGUACUCUUCUCUUCAGUUUUAUUUUCCUCAGUAGAAACAUCUCCAACACCCUCGGCCAGUAACUGCACGUGUGAGCUGGGCCUUGGAAAGUGUGCUGAAACCGGUGACUGCAGGUGUGAUCCGGGAUGGGGUGGACCGCGGUGUGAAGACUGUGUGCGAAUGCCCGGAUGUGUCCAUGGCACCUGCCAUCAGCCCUGGCAGUGCACAUGCAUGGACGGGUGGGCGGGCCGAUUCUGUGAUAAAGAUAUUUACGUGUGCUCCAGAGAGCAGCCGUGUCAGAAUGGGGCUACUUGUGUCUUGAAUGACUCUGGGGAUUAUAGCUGCUUAUGUCCUGAAGGCUUUCAUGGGCGGGACUGUGAACUGAAAACAGGGCCUUGCCAAAAGACCAAGGGCGAAGGAGACAGAGUUACGCUGAGCAAACCCGCCCCAGUCAAUCGCUCCCACGGGACCACUCCUAGUGGGGAUGAAAGACGCUCGUUCAAAAUCUCAGUGGUAACUCAGCAUGGGGCGGAAGGGCUGUCAGAGCUGCAGCUCAUCAUCCUGCUGGUGUUGGGGGGCAUGACUUUGGCCGUGGUGGUGCUAACAGCUGGUCUGGUCCUGCGCGGACAUUGCCAGGACCGAUCGGCUCGCUGUCAGUGCAGACGGGCCCCCGUUCACCAUCGCCCAUUCCACCGAUGCCGGACAAACCCUGUGCCCAUGCAACAGGAAUGCAAGAUCAGCUUCCUCCAGUCUCCGGCUCCAACUGAGCUCGAGAAGAAGAGGCUGAACACCGACAUCAUUUAGCCGCAGAGAUCAUGCAGCUGCUCUUGUUGAAGUAAAAGGCCACUUCUGACCUCUUAAAAGAUAAAGACGGUAUUCCUGAAUCUGAGAGUUGGUCGCUGAAAGCAGGUGGUCAUUAUCCAGAGCGAUUACACAGAAAUAAAGAACCAAUUAGUCGUGUUAUUUUAUUAAAGAUGCCACAAGUGAGGCAUGUAGUGCCGAGGGAACAUUAGGUCAGUUAGAGUCAACAUGAAAUCAAUAAUGCUCGUACCUGGUCUUGGAAAUUUUUUCUAAAGAUAAGAGAUGCUUGUCUGUGUAAUAUUUCAUCAAAAUUGUACUUACUCUGCCUCUGAAAAACAUUUUGCUCUCACCAAGCAAUAUUUCUGCUGGAAAAAAUAAAGAGUGUCUUAAUGCCUUCCUGAAUCUAUU